CAUGUUGCAAGCUCAUGGGGCUGAUUUUUUGUUCUAAAAAGAAUGUGACCGUUGGCAAGAAUUUUAUAACCAAACACUCUAUUAUUCAUUUUUGCCCAUUCUUGCCUAGAAUGGACAAGAAUUAAAACAUGGCCUUAUAAUCCGUCCAUGCCAGAAGGUAUUUAAGCAGUCUAACUAUCUCGCUCCUUAAUCAACGCUACUCUUUUAAUUUACCGCUUCUUCUUCUUCUUCUUCUUCAGUUCACCAUACUCAUGGCUGCCGUCAGAAUCUUGGAAGAACAUUUGCCUGAGUUAAAGAAGAAGCUGUACGAAUUACAGCAACUGUGCGGGAAGGAAGAGUUUCAAUUCGUGAAUAACGCAUCUAAUGCAGCCUUAGGAAGGGUGGAAAAUUCGGAGUGGGAGCAGCUCAUAAACCGCUUCAAUAAUCUGUCGGAUCUCUUCGGUCAACAUGCCACUCAAAUCCAGGAUACCAUAGCCGAACUUACAUGUAUCAUCCACGACAUCAUGAAGAUAAAAUCCACAAGUUCUUAUGUUGCCUACGGCUUGCCCUCUUCUCAAUCUCAGCUGGAAGGGGACCCUGAUGAUGUCUUUGUUCGGAAAGCGUCGAGAGAAUGGGGUGACCUUGGCAUCGAAGAGAAGAUGUUGAAGAGUUCAGUCAUCACCGAUCUUAGGCUGAGUUUCGAUUAUCUCACAACACCCGAACUCAAGCUCUGCUUGCUUUGCUUCUCCGUCUUCCCAGAGAAUGCUGUCAUUAAAAAAAGGGAAUUAAUCUACUGGUGGAUUGGUGAGGGCUUCGUAACAACCGCGGGAGACAAGACCGCCGAAGAAAUCGGCCAUGAAUACAUCCGCGAGUUAAUGAACAACCACUUGAUCGAGCCCUUCCCGGAAAUAGGAUCUCAAGAAGCAAAGUGCUGCAAAAUGCACCCUUGGGUUCGACAGAUGGUGAUUUCUGUCGCUAAGGAAGCUCAGUUCUUCGACUUUUAUCCCAUGGAACAUCCCACCUCCGAGAACAAUGAAAGGUCGGGGAGUCGCCUCGAAACUUCCUCACGAUCUCGUCGGGCAUGCUUAGCGACAACCAGUCGUCAAGGGUCUCCAGAUCUAGAAAGACUGUAUCACAAAGAGCUGCUGACACUAUUCAAUGUUGAUGCUUGUUAUCUUGAUUUCAGAACGGAUACAUUCUCGAGGAUGACGAAGCUAGUGGUUCUGCAACUAGGCAGGUGGAAGAGAUGGCCCAAGCAUCACAUCGAAGUGGAAGAUACCGGUUUCCUUGAAGGCUUGAGGGGUAUGAAGCACUUGAGGUAUCUGAGUCUCCAAGGCAUAUCUAGAAUAACGAAUCUUCCAGCUUCCAUAAGCAAGCUCACCCACCUCACCAUCUUGGACCUCCGAGCGUGUCACAACCUCGAGGAAUUGCCUCCUGAGUUGGCGUCUCUGAAGAACCUGACUCACUUGGACCUGUCCGACUGUUACUUGAUAGAGUACGUUCCUAAGGGGAUCGGCUCCUUCUCCGAGUUACAGGUGCUGAAGGGAUUUGUUAUCGGUAAUUCCAAGAUCAAUGACUCAUGUACGCUAAGCGAGUUAGUUGAAUUGCAGAGACUGAGGAAGCUAAGUAUCAAUAUAGCAAGCGACGCAGUUGUUGCGGAAGGUGAGUUUGAUAAAUUGCAACAGUUGAAGGAUCUUCGUUCUCUAACCAUAACAUGGGCACUAAAAGAAGAGAAGCAGGACGAUAACGGUAUACGGUCAUCGACGGACGCAGUUGCAGAAAGCCUGGACUCCAUUUCAUUUCCUACAGGCCUCAAAAAACUAGACCUCCGAUGCAUCCCUCGUGAAGAGGCACCAAACUGGCUCGAGCCCAGAAAACUGGAGAAUCUGGAAAAGCUAUACAUCAGGGGAGGGAAACUGAAUCGAUUACUGUGGGAUCAACAGGAUCCCACCUGGAAAAAAGUCCGAGUUUUGCGUCUGAGGUUCCUAGACAGCUUGGAGAUGGAGUGGACCAAGUUGCGGAGAGCAUUCCCAUGCCUAGAAUAUCUUAACGUAGUUAAUUGCCCUCGGCUCAGGAGGUUCCCCUGCAAUGCUCAGGGAGAUUGGGAGAAGCGAAAGAACCACCCCUGAUUAGAAUUUUAUCUUGUGUUCUUUCCCAUGUUGGGGAUAAGUGAUUGAUUAAUGUCCUUCUUUAGUGUUUUUAAUGGGAAAUAAAAAGCUAAACAAAAUAGCUAAGAAGGGAAAUCUAAAAUCUCUCAGCUGGGAAAUUUUCUUGCAGAGAUGAAAUAUAAUCAAAUUCAGCAGAAAACUUUUAGACAUUAUUUCCUUUCCCAUUUCACACUUCUUUCUUUUCCGUGGCUCUUAUUUCUCCUAAUUGAUCAUGUGCUAUGUAACAAUGCAUUAAUCUAUAUCUUUUAUAUUUCCUUCCAGAAAUUCUAAAACAGUUUGUAGGGCAUGGAGAGGAGAGCCCAUCUGAUGACUAUUUAAUCCUGAUUCUAAAUGUGGAUGAUCUCAUUUUUCCUUUUUUUUGGAGCAGUAAAAAUGAGAAAAGGAUUCAAGCGCAGGGUAAACUACAGACCAUGGUAGCAGAGAUGUAUUUUGGGUCUUUUAUCAACACCAUCUGUACAAAA